UUUCGUACAGGCACUGGAAACGAUGUAACGAGGUGUAGCCAUGAAUAAUUCACUCGGUUAAGAGGCAGAAUUUUGUCCGACUUUGAGACCUCCAGCGACACGAGAGCAACAGCGCCAAGAUGGGCGAGAUCCACGGGUCGGCGAGCUUCCUCCACCUGGGCGACAUCGUCAGCCUCUAUGCGGAGGGCAGCGUCUCGGGAUUUCUUUCUACCCUCGGAUUGGUGGACGACAGAUGCGUGGUAUGUCCCGAAGCUGGAGAUUUAUCAACUCCGCCAAAGAAGUUCAGAGAUUGCCUCUUCAAAAUAUGUCCCAUGAAUCGAUAUUCUGCUCAAAAGCAAUUUUGGAAGGCCGCGAAACAAAGCGCGAGCGGUACCGAUGCCGUGCUGCUCAAAAGACUUCACCAUGCCGCCGAAAUCGAAAAGAAGCAAAACGACACUGAGAAUAAGAAACUGCUGGGCAGCGUGGUCUCCUAUGGCAACGUCGUCCAGCUCUUGCAUCUUAAGUCUAACAAAUUCUUGACCGUCAACAAGAGGCUACCGGCGCUUCUCGAGAAGAACGCGAUGAGAGUAUACCUGGACGCGAAUGGGAACGAGGGCUCCUGGCUCUACAUAAUGCCCUUUUACAAGCUGCGCAGCGACGGCGACAGCGUCGUCGUCGGUGAUAAAGUGAUUCUGGAGCCGGUGAACGCUGGUAGACAGGGUAUACACGUGGCGGCGAACUACGAACUCAGCGACAAUCCGGGUUGCAAAGAGGUGAACGUGGUGAACACAGCUACCUCCUGGAAGGUGACGCUGUUCAUGGAGCACAGAGAGAAUCAGGAAGAGAUCCUGAAAGGUGGAGACGUGGUUCGGUUGUUCCACGCUGAACAAGAGAAGUUCCUUACGAUGGAUGAAUAUAAGAAGAAGCAACACGUGUUUCUGAGGACCACUGGCAGAACCAGUGCGACCGCGGCUACGAGUAGCAAAGCCCUGUGGGAGGUUGAGGUAGUGCAGCAUGACCCAUGCAGAGGAGGCGCUGGUCACUGGAAUUCUCUUUUUAGAUUUAAACAUUUAGCGACAGGUCAAUACUUGGCUGCUGAAAUAGACACCGACGAACCGCGUGAAACCAUAAAAGGCAAACGUGAUCCCCCUGGGCCAGUGUUUAGAUUAGUAUCAGUUCCACACAGUAACGAAAUUAGUUCAUUGUUUGAACUGGAUCCAACAACAUUAACCAGGGGUGAUAGUUUAGUACCUCAGUCGUCUUUUGUUAGGUUACACCACAUAUGUACAAAUACUUGGGUUCACUCGACAAGUGUACCAAUUGAUAAAGAUGACGAGAAACCUGUUAUGUCAAAGGUGGGCUGUGCUAUUAACAAGGAGGACAAAGAAGCGUUUGCUUUGAGGUCUGUGUCACCUGUAGAAGUGCGAGACCUCGAUUUUGCGAACGAUGCCUGUAAGGUGUUAGCUUUAAUAAGCGGUAAACUGGAAAUAGGCACAAUUUCCCACAAUGAGAGGCGAGCUGUGACUAGUUUACUGCAGGAUAUAGUGUAUUUCAUAGCUGGAUUAGAGAACGAGCAGAAUAAAUCUGAAGCAUUAGAGUUAAUUGUUACCAAUGCUGUAAGGGACCGACAGAAGUUAUUGAGGGAACAAUACAUACUUGGUCAAUUGUUUAAAAUACUUCAGGCUCCGUUCUUAGAGUCUGCGGAAGGCGAGGGACCAUUCCUUAGAAUAGAGGAACUGAAUGAUCCAAGGCAUGCACCAUACAAAUACAUGUUUCGUUUGUGUUACCGAAUAUUAAGACUUUCUCAACAAGACUACAGAAAGAAUCAGGAAUAUAUUGCCAAGCACUUUGCUUUCAUGCAAAAACAAAUUGGAUAUGAUAUCCUAGCGGAAGACACUAUCACUGCACUCUUGCAUAAUAAUAGAAAAUUGUUAGAGAAACACAUCACAGCUGCAGAAAUCGAGACGUUCGUGGGUCUUGUGAGGAAGAAUAUGCACAAUUGGGAAUCGAGAUUUUUAGAUUAUCUGUCGGACUUAUGCAUCUCUAAUAAAAAAGCAAUAGCAGUGACUCAGGAGCUGAUUUGCAAGAGCGUAUUGAGUGAAAAGAAUAAAGACAUACUAAUAGAAACUAGAAUGAUGAAAACUCAGGUUGAGGUGGAAGAACUUGAUGAAAAGCAAGAAAAUGGUGAACCACAAAUUACUGUCAUGGAGGAACUCGAAGUAUUUCUUUUAUGGAACAAUGAAAUGAAGUCAAUGUCAUUGAAUGAAUUAUCAAGGGGAGCAAGACUGGGCAGUGUUCAAGAUGCAGCAAUAUUAGACUACUAUAGACAUCAAUUAAAUCUUUUUAGUAAUAUGUGUCUGAAUAGACAGUAUCUAGCCUUGAAUAAUUUAUCACCUCAUUUAGAUAUUGGUCUUAUACUCAAGUGUAUGGAAGAUGAAACAGUGCCGUACGAAUUGCGUGCAUCAUUUUGUCGACUCAUGUUACACCUUCACGUUGAUAGGGAUCCGCAGGAGCAAGUUACUCCAGUAAAGUAUGCACGUCUGUGGUCUGAAAUUCCUUCAAAAAUGAGUAUCAACGAUUACGAUGCAAACAGAAUGCGGGAUCAAAAUAAAGAAGUUGUUUGGGCUAAAUUUAGCUCGACUAUAAUGUUUGUAGAAGAUUAUUUGUGUAACGUUGUUGCAAAAAUGUGGUCUUUCGCAGACCAAGAACAGAAUAAACUUACGUUUGAAGUCGUCAAACUGGCACGCGAUCUAAUAUACUUCGGAUUCUACAGUUUCAGCGACCUUUUAAGACUAACGAAAACAUUGCUAUGCAUUUUGGACUGUAUUUCGGAAAAUGAUGCCUCGGAAAGGAAAAUUCCAACUGGUGAUAUUGAUUCUGAAGGUGGAGUUCUGAGAUGUAUCGGAGAUAUGGGAGCAGUAAUGACAAGCUUAACAUUGGGUUCAGCUGGACAAGUAUUGGGCGGAAGUUCGUCUCCUAUGCCGAAACCACUCUCACAGAAAGAAUACCCGUUGGUGAUGGACACCAAGUUGAAAAUAAUCGAAAUUUUGCAAUUUAUUCUUGACGUUCGAUUGGACUAUAGGAUUUCUUGUUUAUUAAGCAUUUUCAAACAAGAAUUCGACGAAACCGAACGAGCCUCCGGUGAUUUGAGUCUCGGCCAAAAAAAUAUCGAUUUGGAACUAAUUGGUACCCAAGCAGAGGGUAUAUUCGGAAGCAGUGAGGAGUGUGUAGCGUUAGAUUUGGAUGGUCAAGGUGGCAGGACAUUUUUGCGUGUUUUACUCCAUUUGGCGAUGCACGACUAUCCACCAUUAGUUUCCGGAGCCCUACAUUUGCUCUUCAGGCAUUUUAGUCAACGGCAAGAAGUAUUACAAGCGUUUAAACAAGUACAACUGUUAGUUUCGGAUAGCGAUGUCGAGUCUUAUAAACAAAUUAAAUCGGAUUUAGAUGUUUUACGCCAGUCGGUCGAAAAAUCGGAACUUUGGGUGUACAAAUCGAAAGCAGCAGAAGAACAUGGUGGCAAGAAAAAGAAAAAUAAGGAAGAAGAAGAUGACGGAGCCACUCCACGGAAAACACCGCCUCAAUUAACAACAUCAGACAAGAAAGGAUCUGCAAUAGAUUUAGACAUUGGUCCUCCACUACACGCGGACCAGGCAGAAGAAUAUAAAAAAAUACAACAAAUACUGAUUCGCAUGAAUAAACUAUGUAUACAAACGAUAGGUGGUCAGCUAAAACCUCGGAAACACGAGCAAAGACUUUUACGCAACGUUGGUGUACACACUGUUGUGUUAGAUUUAUUACAAGUUCCAUUUGACACCAAAGAGGAUGUUAGAAUGAACGAGUUAAUGCGAUUGGCACAUGACUUUCUGCAGAAUUUCUGUUUGGGUAAUCAACAAAAUCAGGUUUUGUUGCAUAAACAACUAGAUUUAUUUUUGAAUCCUGGCAUACGUGAAGCUCAAACUGUGUGUAGCAUUUUUCAAGACAAUUCUACUUUGUGCAAUGAAGAAAUGUCAGGAAAUGGUAUUUUUGUGGAAAUGAUGCGAUCUGAAAGGCAUAGGAUGGAUGAAAGUAGUCCCUUAAAGUAUCAUGUGGAAUUGGUGAAAUUAUUGGCUUGCUGUACAAUGGGUAAAAAUGUCAAUACUGAAAUUAAAUGCCAUAGUCUAUUACCAUUAGAUGACAUUGUUGUUAUGGUAUCGCACCCAGACUGCAUACCAGAAGUUAAAGAAGCAUAUAUAAACUUCCUAAAUCAUUGCUAUAUUGACACAGAAGUGGAAAUGAAAGAAAUUUAUACAUCAAAUCAUAUGUGGUCGUUGUUUGAAAAGUCUUUUAUUGUAGACAUGGGUAUAAUAGCUACUGCCACGCAUGAUCGUGAACACGCUGAUACGGCUCUGGAAAAUUAUGUGACAGGUUGCCUAAUGAAUAUCAUUACAACGUUCUUUAGCAGUCCAUUUUCAGAUCAAAGUACUACAGUGCAGAAACAUCUGCACGAGGCUAGACUAUAUUGGAGCAUCAAGGAGAGUGACCGGAAUACUGAUAAUAAUCUUACUGGCUAUACACGACAACCCAUAUUCGUUCAGCUGCUACACGCAGCUUUUAAAGUGUCGCAAUGCUCGUGGCUAAAUGCUGGUCAAAGGUUUAAUGUAGAAAAUUGUAUAAGGACAUUGUCCGAUGUAGCUAAAGGUAGAGGGAUAGCCAUUCCAACUGAUCUGGAAAGCCAGGUUGCUUCCAUGUUUAAUAAAGCGGCAAUGCUCAGUAGACAAACAAGCAAAUGGCUUCAAGCUGCUAAACAACCGAAAAUAGAACGUACUCAAAGCCAGCUAAUGCGUUUGGAUCGAAGUAUCAUUGAAGGUUUACAAGACAUAGUGUCAUUACUGGAAGAACAGUUGAAACCGUUAGUACAGUCAGAAUUAUCUUUAUUAGUGGACAUUCUCUAUCGACCAGAAUUAUUGUUUCCAGCAGCAACUGACGCGAGAAAGAGAUGUGAAAAUGGUGGCUUUAUUCGAAGAUUAAUUAAACAUACAGAAAAGUUACUUGAAGAGAAAGAGGAGAAAUUAUGUGUAAAGGUGUUAAGGACUCUCAGAGAAAUGAUGGCCAUUGACCCUGAAUAUGGCGAAAAAAUCGAAGGUGUCUUGGAAGAAGAAGAAACUGAACAGAAGACCGAGCCACAAGUUGGAACAGGCUCUGUCGAUGAGUCUGAAACUCGUCAUAUGACUCAGCAAGAGCGGGGAGACGUGUUGAGAAACAAUCUGUUGACUCGCUACUUUGGAAAAUCAUUCAUACAAAAGCCGGAGAAUGUAGAAAUUGGAGUCUCCCAUACUGCUCCAGUUACUCAUGGACCAGGGGCCAAGCUUCUAAGCCGUGCAGGCAGGACACUACAUGAAAUACAGAGUCAUCUUGAUCGCGAGGGCGCAUCAGACUUGGUGGUAGAGUUAGUAAUUAAAAGUGUACAUUCCCCAAGCAUAUUUGUGGAAGCUAUAGAACUUGGUAUUGCAUUAUUGGAGGGUGGAAAUCCUAUUAUACAGAAAAGCGUGUUUAACAAACUGAUGGGUGGUGAUUUGAGCCAGUCGUUUUUCAAAGUAUUUUAUGACAAAAUGAAGGACUCCCAACAAGAAAUAAAAUCCACCGUAACAGUCAAUACAUCUGAUAUCGCAGCCAAGGCUCAUGAAGACAAGGAGCAGAACAAAGAAAUGGAGAAGAUCUCAAGGAAACAUACAACAGGAAAACCUAACGGAAUUGUGAUAACAGAUGAAUUACGGGAGGAAUUGAAUCAGGCUGCGUCGUCAACAGUACAAGCUUAUGCAAAUGUUCGAAAUCUUGCUCCCGGUGAGGAUGCAACAACCAAUGCGGCACUAGGUAGUGCAUUGGAGGAUAUGAUUGCUGAGAAGCUGGAAAGACAUCGUAGCGGAACAACAGGCUCAGAAAGAGAUGAAGGUCAAUUAAGUACGAAGGUUCUAGUAAUGCAACCAAUUUUACGGUUUCUGCAAUUGUUGUGUGAGAAUCAUAAUCGUGAUUUGCAGAAUUUCCUUCGCAAUCAAAAUAACAAGACAAAUUUUAAUCUGGUGUCAGAGACGCUCAUGUUCUUGGAUUGCAUUUGUGGUUCGACCACUGGAGGGUUGGGCUUAUUAGGAUUAUAUAUCAACGAACACAAUGUUGCGUUAAUUAAUCAAACUCUGGAGACUUUGACUGAGUAUUGCCAGGGACCAUGUCAUGAUAAUCAAAACUGUAUUGCUACUCACGAGUCGAAUGGACUAGACAUAAUAACUGCCUUGAUCUUGAAUGAUAUUAAUCCUUUGGGAAAGACUAGAAUGGAUUUGGUGUUAGAAUUGAAGAAUAAUGCCAGUAAAUUAUUACUAGCUAUAAUGGAGAGUAGAGGGGACAGCGAGAAUGCGGAGAGAAUUUUGUAUAAUAUGAACCCUAAGCAGUUAGUGGAUGUUGCAUGUCGAGCAUUCCAUCAGGAAUCGUUAGAUGAUGAUGGUGAUGUUGACGAUUCAUCGACCGAUGGGGAGGAAGGAGUAUCGCCGAAAGAAGUUGGACACAAUAUUUAUAUUUUAUGUCAUCAAUUAGCACAACAUAACAAAGAACUAGCUUCAAUGUUAAAACCAUCCGAGCAAAAUAAUGCGGAUCCGAAGAUUAAUAAAGCGCUUCAAUAUUAUGCAACUCAUACAGCUCAAAUUGAGAUUGUUAGACACGAUCGAACCUUGGAACAGAUUGUGUUUCCAAUUCCAGAAAUCUGUGAACUUAUUACUAUGGACACAAAGAUCAAAGUCUUACAUACCACAGAGCGGGAUGAUCAAGGAUCUAAAGUUUCGGACUUCUUUGAAAGAACAGAGGAUAUGUUCAAUGAAAUGAAAUGGCAGAAGAAACUUAGAGGUCAACCAGUGUUAUUUUGGAUGAGCAGUUACAUGUCAUUAUGGAGUAAUAUUCUAUUCAAUUGUGCAGUACUUAUAAAUCUUAUUGUAGCUUUCUUUUAUCCAUUUAUGAAAACUGUGCCUAUGCUAAGUUCACACUUAUCUGGUCUCAUUUGGACGGUAAUGCUUUCGUCUGCUGUUAUUGUGAUCACAUUACCAAGAGAAUCUGGUAUACGUACGUUAGUAGCUUCAACAAUAUUACGAUUGAUUUUCUCUAUAGGGCCAGAACCAACGUUAUGGUUACUCGGUUUUGUUACGGUUGUAUUGAAAGUUGUACAUCUUAUAAGUAUUAUAGGUAAUCAGGGCACUUUAACAAAGAGCAUAGAGCAAAUAGUGACAAAUGUCGAAAUUUUGUAUCAUAUAUCGUAUCUUAUAUUUUGUGUUCUUGGGAUUUGUAUGCAUCCGUUUUUCUACUCUGUUUUACUCUUCGAUGUAGUUUACCGUGAAGAAACGUUGCUCAAUGUAAUAAGAUCUGUUACGAGAAAUGGAAGAUCUAUUAUACUCACCGCUGUAUUGGCAUUAAUUCUAGUUUAUAUGUUCUCCAUUAUUGGUUUCAUGUUCUUUAAAGACGACUUCUUAGUAACAGUCGAUGGCACUCUUGUUUCAUCGUAUACGGAAGGUAGCGUAGGAACAUGUAAUGUUGCGGAGAAUGAUAAAUGCGAGGCAACUGAAACGGUCUCCCAAUACAUUCGAGAAGUGAAUGAAAAAGACAGCCAGGGAGAAGUAAUUAAUGCCGGCGGAGAGUUUAAAGAACGGGCAUGCGAUUCUUUGGUAAUGUGCAUUGUCACAACUUUGAAUCAAGGUUUACGAAAUGGCGGUGGUAUUGGCGAUAUUUUACGAGCACCUUCCAGUAUUGAGCCGUUGUUCGUUGCUAGGGUCGUAUACGAUUUACUGUUCUUCUUCAUCGUAAUAAUCAUUGUUCUGAAUCUCAUUUUUGGUGUUAUCAUUGAUACUUUCGCUGAUCUCAGAUCAGAGAAACAACAGAAGGAAUUGAUAUUGAAGAACACUUGUUUCAUAUGCGGUUUGAAUAGAUCAUCUUUCGACAACAAGACAGUGUCAUUCGAGGAACACGUGAAACACGAGCACAAUAUGUGGCAUUAUUUGUAUUUCAUUGUUCUGGUGAAAGUAAAAGAUCCCACAGAAUUCACAGGACCCGAGUCGUACGUCUACGCCAUGGUGAAGGACCGAAAUCUGGACUGGUUCCCGAGAUUGAGGGCGAAAUCAUUGGCAGCGGACGAGGGAGAAGGGGAACAAGUAGAAUUAAGAAGUUUACAGUCACACUUAGAGUCUACGCAACAGUUAGUGAAAUGUUUAUCUCAGCAACUCACCGAGCUUCGUGAUCAGAUGACGGAGCAACGAAAACAAAAGCAGCGGCAAGGCCUUUUGAAUACUGCAUCUGCAUUAAUACACAAUGUACCCACGUAAGCAUAGGUUGUGUUCAACAUUUCAUCUAAUUUUUAAUUAUUCAUGAAUCUCAAUUUGAUACUCUGUAAUGAUAUUUGAUGCAUACGUUUUUGUGUGUUCUUAAGAAGCAUUUAAAGACACAGUGAAAUAACUUUUGGGGUAACACGAAGAAGCAUUUGUGCGGUUUUGUUCCUACUUUUAAAGAAAACGAUUCGUUUAACAUACUAUCAUUAAA